CAAGUACUAUCGCACCUUUUUGUGCCUGGUACUUGACUUCCACGGGAUUAUUUGUAAGAUACUAAUCAAAAUUUUACCUUUCAGAUUAUUAAUAUUAAUAAAAUUUUCUUACAGGUCCUAAUCAAUAGUUCUUACUUUCAGGUUUCAUACUAAUUCAAAUUUUCUUACAGGUGUUAGGUCUUAGUUCUUAGUUUUAUUGCUAAUCAGAUUUUGUUCACAGGAUGUCCCUGGCUACUAAUAUACAGUUUGUUUUCUGAUUUCAGGAAUUCAAAUUCCGGAACAACUCAAGAUUCUUUCAGAUACUCAGUUUCAAUACUAAUCAGAUGUUGUUCACAGGCUGUCUCUGGCUACUAAUAUGCAGUUUGCUUUCUAAUUUCAGAUAUCUGAACUCUCAAAAAAGUUUCUCGAGUCAAAUAAAUUGGAAUUGAUACGAACAUUUCUUGGGUUACAAAAAUACAUGCCAAUUGCUAAACCAUCUCAAGGCAUUCAUCGGCUAAAAAUCAACCGUUUUACCUUUACCUUUCAGAUUCUCAGUUUUAAUAUUAAUCCAAUGUUGUUCACAGGCUGUCUCUGGCUACUAAUAUGCAAUUUGCUUUCUGAUUUCAGGAAUUCAAACUCCUGAAGAACUCUUGGGAUUCUUUCAGAUUCUCAGUUUCAAUACUAAUCAGAUGUUAUUCACAGGCUGUCUCUGGCUACUAAUGCAAUUUAUUUUAUGUUCCAGCCAUCAGCAUGUUGCUUACUUUGUUUUCUAUUUUUCUAUUCUAGAAAUAAUAUGGCUUCAACCACAGACUGUUAUCUCUACAUUUUGACAGUUAAAAUUAUUUUACUUAACAUUGCUCUUUCUCUGUUUGCAAAAAUUCAAUUUAAUAAUAAUAUUCUGAUUACUUUUUUGUAUGUUCUAGGUUUUAUGUUCCAUAAAUUAAUUGAUAAUUGUGUUUUUUCGUUGCAGCAAUUUCAUCUAAUAUACUAAUAUGUUAAUCGCUUGUUUGUAUGUUCCAGGUUUGAUGUGUUAGGAAUCAAUUGACAAAUGCUUUUUCACUUUUCAGAGGCUGUGCCAUUGAAACACAAAUUUUUUAUUGCUUGAUUCUAUUCUUGAUAAGGAUGUUUAGUAAUAAGAUGAUUGAUAAUAUAUAAUGAUGAUCAUGAUUAUCUACAUGUCUGUUCUGUUCCAUGUUUCAUUGUUUCAUGUUUGAUGUGGUACCAUGUCUUGUAGGUGUUUGUGUUUUAUGUAAACGUGUGUGUUGUCAUGUGCAAGUUUCAUUGUCCAUUAUUAUGUGCUUCUUUUUAAUCGUGACAAACACAAUUUAUUGCUAUGUGAUUUAGGAUGAAAUUUCUAUGUCUAGAAUUGAUAUUUUCUUUUCUCAAAGAAUGUCUAUUUUUCUUUUUUUUCUAUGUCUCAUAUUUUUACAGGUUUAAUUCUAUUAGACUGGUCCAUGAAUGGGGCCCAACGACAGUGAUGGGUGUUUGUCAUUGUGGUUUGACCAAAGAGUCUAGCCAUAUAGCAGUACAUCUUCAUGUGGGUUUCACAUGCGGCAUAAAUUCAAAUUCACCGGAAAUUUAUCUGAUAAUGGCGGACUAAACAGCGAAGAGACAUGCGCGCCUUACAAACACAGACCUAUUCUGUAUACAGUUAUGUUGCAAACAUAUGAUCCAAGCGUACAGAUGCACAGGUAAAUUGUCAGCCCCACGUGCGUUCCAUGAAAAACUUAAUGAUUUCGAGGCUUGACCGUUGAUUGAAGAAUUACUUCGUACAUUGAAGGACUUUACAAACACCAUGAGCCCAACCAAUCUCAAAGAAUCUUACGAAGUUGAAUCGAAGUAUGGACCAUUUUUCACCGGAGGAAAUGUCGAGUGGAGCUCCGAUGGCAAAUCAUUCUUUUGCCAGAACGGUGGAUCUGUGCAUGUUUUAUCCUUGGCAACUGGACAAGUUGAAUGCACCUUAGGAGAUACUUCCGCUGAACAAAGCGAUGAUGCCAUAAAUACCUUUGCAAUAAAUCCCAAUGGUGAAGAUGUGGUUACUCAACAUAAAAGUGGGCUUUUCAAAUUAUGGAACUGGAAAGAAGUAAAGCUCAAGAAGAUGUGGAAGUCAAUUCAUAAUGGGCCCGUUGCUAAAGUCACUUUUUCUGGCAGUAGUCAUUUAAUGGCAAGUGGCGGUAGCGAUGGUAGCGUCAGAUUAUGGGACCUGCUUCAUCAAGCUUGUACACAUAAUUUGAAGGGUGUGGAAGGUGUUGUAAGCGUUUUAGCUUUCCAUCCACAGACAGACAAAGAGCUUAUAUUUGCUACUGGAGACAACACAAAAAUAUUUGGAUGGAAUUGGAAAACUGGUCAGCAAAAGGUAGCGCUUUAUGGGCAUUUCAGUAAAAUUACAUCGCUGUCAUUUCACAAUGAUGGAGUCCAUUUAGUCAGUUCUGGAAGAGACAAAGUAUUAAUACUCUGGAAUAUUUUAGAAGGAAAUAUAGUUCGUACCGUUCCCGUUUAUGAAAGUAUUGAGAGUACGUUUCUUCUACCACCAAAUAGCACCAAACUCAUAAACUCGAACCAAUCUGCGGGCGUCUGCGUUGCAGGUGCAGGAGAGAAAGGGGUAGUAAAAAUAUGGGAUAUGAAAACUGGAAACACAAUUUACGAGCAAAACAAUUCUCUGGUAUCAGCUUCCAAAGAAGAAGGCGGUCUCGCCGUAACUCAACUUUUAUUUAAUAAUGUUACCAACAGUUUUGCUGUAGUAUCUACCGAACACAACAUAAUUAUCCAUGAGUUGAAUACCUUUAAAUGUGAAAAACAGUUAGUUGGAUACACCGAUGAGAUUUUAGACAUUGCAUAUUUGGGUGAUCAAGACACACAUUUAGCAGUAGCAACAAACAGUCCUGAUAUAAAGCUUUACGAAUUGAAUACAAUGAAUUGUCAGCUAUUACGUGGUCACACUGAUUUGGUUUUAUCUCUUGCCACUACGACAAUAAAUCCCAAUUUGUUACUUUCUUCGGCAAAGGAUAACAGCGUAAGAUUAUGGCUCAUGGAUGAACAGACAUUUGAAGUUUCAUCAGUCGCCCAGGCUGUUAGACACACAGCAUCUGUUGGAUCAGUUGCCAUUUCAAAAACAUCAGCGAAAUUUUUUGCCUCUGUUAGUCAAGAUAUGUGUCUUAAAGUAUGGGAUUUGCCGGAAAAAUUAUCAUCCGCUGAGAAGGAGAAUACAUUGACCGUCCGUUGCACAGAAUUAGCACAUCAAAAGGAUAUCAAUACUGUAACAAUCUCACCAAACGAUAAACUUAUUGCGACAGGAUCUCAAGAUAAAACGGCCAAGCUAUGGACUGCAGAUGGUCUACAGCUUGUAGGCGUUUUGCGUGGGCAUCGGAGAGGAGUCUGGUGCGUAAGGUUCUCACCGAUAGAUCAAGUACUCUUGACUACUUCAGCGGAUUGUAGCAUUAAAUUAUGGUCGUUAACCGAUAUUUCCUGUCUAAAGACACUAGAAGGACAUGAAUCGUCUGUUCUGAGGGUUGAAUUUCUAUCUCGGGGAAUGCAGUUGAUCACAGCUGGUGCAGACGGGCUGCUUAAACUCUGGAGCGUAAAGACGUCUGAGUGUAUUACCACUCUAGACCACCAUGAAAAUCGCGUAUGGGCACUUGCAGUGUCUCAAAAAGAAUGUCAUGUCAUAAGUGGAGGAAGCGAUUCGGUGUUGGUUAAAUGGAAGGAUGUUACCGAAGAAAAAAAAGCUGCAGCCGCUGCAGAAGCUGAACGUUUGGCAUUGGAAGAACAGAAGCUUUCAAAUUUACUCAAAGCUGAUAAAUUACUCGCUGCUUUGAAGUUGGCUCUCAAAUUAGAACGACCUUUCCAGGUUUUAAAGAUCAUCGAUAGUGUUAUUAAAAAAGGUGAAGAUGGUCUUAAGGAGACGAUCCAUGAAUUAAAACCAUUGCAAAAAGAAUCGUUGCUCAAAUGCGCAAUAACAUGGAAUACGAAUAGCCGUAAUGCUCAGUCAGCUCAGCUGGUAAUAAAUGUGCUAUUGGAUGAGAUCAGUAGUGGAGAACUCGAGGUAACUGGUUUAGCAUCUUCUCUAGAAGCUAUGAUUCCUUACACGGAAAGGCACUUCAAACGACUUACUCAGCUUAUGCAGGACCUGCAUUUUCUUUCUUACACAGUUACUUGUAUGCAGCCGCAUAGCAAAAUAAAUCCAAACUAAUUAUUACGAAUUCUACUUGAAAUAAAAUCUUAUUCCAUUAAAUACAAUUCCAUAUUUCCGAA